GAAUUUUCCUGAAGACACGAUACGUCUUCUUUCUUCGCAUUUUCAAUUCUCUUUCCACGAAACUUGAAGAUGCCAGUCACAAUCUCCAUGUUCGAUUCUGUUAUAAAUUGCCCCACAUUCCUUCUCUUCUUCUCUGUAUCAAACAAUCAAUCAUCCAAGUUCAAUUCCACCCACAAUGACGAGCAUUCUGAUCUCUAUCGCAGCGAAGAUCGCCGAAUACCCGGUCCAUCCAAUCCUUCGUCAGUUCGAUUACCUCUUCGACUUCACCAGAAAUGUCAACAAUCUCAGUGAACAAGCAGAGAGGCUAAAAAAUCUGCGGCUUCAGGUGAAUCAAGAGGUUCAACGAGCCACAAUGAAAGGAGAUCUCAUCGAACCCCAAGUGAAUCGAUGGCUCGUGAAUGUGGAUCGGAUCAUCGAACAAGUUGUGAAGAUCGAAGAACAGAGCAAGACUAGCAAGAGUUGCUUCGGUGGAGUCUGCCCUAAUUGCGUCAAUCGCUACCGUCUCAGUAGAAAAUCGACGAAGAAGGUGAAAUCUGUCGCUGAGCUUCAAGAACAAGCUAAGAAUUUCGAUCGGAUCUCUCGCACAGCUCCUCUUCCUGGCAUAGAAUACUCAUCCUCCAGAAAUUUCAUUGCCUUCGACUCAAGAAUCGAAGUUACGGAUCAGAUUCUGAAAGCACUGGAGGAAGAUGAGUGUAAUGCGGUUGUUCUUCACGGAUCCAGAGGGAUUGGGAAGACAGAAUUGGUGAAAGAAGUGGGAAGAAGAGUCAAGGAGAAGAAUUUGUUUGAUCAGGUUGUCAUAGUUGGUGUUGAUCCUAAGUCCAGCACCCCUGACACUAGGGACAUUCAAAACCAGAUAGCAGACAUGUUGGGUCUGAGAAUUCAAGAAGAGAGUGAUGUUGGAAGAGCUCGCCGUCUCUACUUGAGACUGAAGAAUGAGAAGAAGACACUGAUAAUCUUUGAUGGUGUGAAGCAAAGGCUUGAUUUGGAAGCAAUUGGUAUCCCCGCUGAGAACAAAGGAAGCAAGAUGAUGAUAGCCACAGAGGAUGAAAACAUGUGGAGAGCUAUGGAAGAUGAAGGGGUGAAGAAGGUAGAGAUUAAAGCUCUAUCAGAAGAAGAAUCAUGGAAGCUAUUUGGAAAUGUGACAGGUGAGAUUGUUGAUAAUGAUCCUGCUCUCAAGGCUGUUGCAGAGGACAUUGUUGGAAAAUGCAAGGGACUGCCUCUGAUAAUUGUUAGUCUUGGAAAAAGGUUGAAACACAAGAAAAUUGAAGAAUGGAAGCACGCAAGUAGGAUAAUUGGAAGAUUUGAAGCAAAAACUGAGAAUUUGGACGACUUUCUGCAUACUUAUAUUUGACUUUUUUUUGGCAGAGUAGUCAAAACAACAUAUUGAAGAAAUCAAUUCAUUUUAUUUAUUUUUAACACAAACAGUUUGGUUCCUUUGCUUUUUAGAGAUGUUUUGGUAUUGGUUCUUAUACUUUUUGUUGUUGUUGUUUUUAUUACCAUUAAUGAAGUUAAAUCUGCUGAUGAGUAUAUAAAUCUUUUAAAU